AUGGGGAGAGUGCACGUGCGGGUGAAGAUGCGGAGAGCGCGUGUGCUGGGGGUGAAGAUGCGGAGAGCGCGCGUGCUGGGGGCGAAGAUGGGGAGAGCGCGCGUGCUGGGGGCGAAGAUGGGGAGAGCGCGCGUGCUGGGGGCGAAGAUGGGGAGAGCGCGCGUGCUGGGGGCGAAGAUGGGGACAGCGCGCGUUGCGGGGGGCGAAGAUGGGGAGAGCGCGCGUUGCGGGGGGCGAAGAUGGGGAGAGCGCGCGUUGCGGGGGGCGAGGGAGGGGAGAGCGCGCGUGCUGGGGGUGAAGAUGGGGAGAGUGCACGUGCAGGUGAAGAUGCAGACAGCGCGUGUGCUGGGGGUGAAGAUGGGGAGAGCGCGCGUGUUGGGGGUGAAGAUGGGGAGAGCGCGCGUGCUGGGGGCGAAGAUGGGGAGAGCGCGCGUUGCGGGGGGCGAGGGAGGGGAGAGCGCGCGUGCUGGGGGUGAAGAUGGGGAGAGUGCACGUGCGGGUGAAGAUGCGGAGAGCGCGUGUGCUGGGGGUGAAGAUGCGGAGAGCGCGUGUGCUGGGGGUGAAGAUGGGGAGAGCGCGCGUGUUGGGGGUGAAGAUGGGGAGAGGGCGGGUGCUGGGGGUGAAGAUGGGGAGAGGGCGCGUGCUGGGGGUGAAGAUGGGGAGAGGGCGCGUGCUGGGGGUGAAGAUGGGGAGAGGGCGCGUGCUUGGGGUGAAGAUGGGGACAGUGCGCGGGCGGGUGAAGAUGGGGAGAGGGCGCAUGCUGGGGGUGAAGAUGGGGAGAGUGCGCGUGCUGGGGGUGAAGAUGGGGAGAGUGCGCGUGCUGGGGGUGAAGAUGGGGAGAGUGCGCGGGCGGGUGAAGAUGGGGAGAGUGCGCGGGCGGGUGAAGAUGGGGAGAGGGCGCGUGCAGGGGGUGAAGAUGGGGAGAGUGCGCGUGCAGGGGGUGAAGAUGGGGAGAGUGCGCCUACAGGGGGUGAAGAUGGGGAGAGUGCGCGGGCGGGUGAAGAUGGGGAGAGUGCACCUGCUGGGGGUGAAGAUGGGGAGAGUGCACCUGCUGGGGGUGAAGAUGGGGAGAGUGCGCGGGCGGGUGAAGAUGGGGAGAGGGCGCGUGCCGGGGGUGAAGAUGGGGAGAGGGCGCGUGCUGGGGGUGAAGAUGGGGAGAGUGCGCGUGUUGGGGGUGAAGAUGGGGAGAGGGCGCGUGUUGGGGGUGAAGAUGGGGAGAGUGCGCGGGCGGGUGAAGAUGGGGAGAGUGCGCGUGCUGGGGGUGAAGAUGGGGAGAGGGCGCGUGCUGGGGGUGAAGAUGGGGAGUGCGCGCGUGCUGGGGGUGAAGAUGGGGAGAGUGCGCGUGCUGGGGGUGAAGAUGGGGAGAGUGCGCGUGUUGGGCGUGAAGAAGGGGAGAGGGCGCGUGUUGGGCGUGAAGAAGGGGAGAGGGCGCGUGCUGGGGGUGAAGAUGAGGAGAGGGCGCGUGCUGGGGGUGAAGAUGAGGAGAGGGCGCGUGCUGGGGGUGAAGAUGAGGAGAGUGCGCGUGCUGGGGGUGAAGAUGGGGAGAGGGCGCGUGUUGGCGUGAAGAUGGGGAGAGCGCGCGUGUUGGGGUUGAAGAUGGGGAGAGGGCGCGUGCUGGGGGUGAAGAUGGGGAGAGUGCGCCUGCUGAGGGUGAAGAUGGGGAGAGUGCGCCUGCUGAGGGUGAAGAUGGGGAGAGUGCGCCUGCUGAGGGUGAAGAUGGGGAGAGUGCGCCUGCUGGGGGUGAAGAUGGGGAGAGUGCGCGGGCGGGUGAAGAAGGGGAGAGGGCGCGUGUUGGGGGUGAAGAUGGGGAGUGUGCGCGUGUUGGGGGUGAAGAUGGGGAGAGGGCGCAUGCUGGGGGUGAAGAUGGGGAGUGCGCGCGGGCGGGUGAAGAUGGGGAGAGUGCGCGUGCUGGGGGUGAAGAUGGGGAGAGUGCGCAGGCAGGUGAAGAUGGGGAGAGGGCGCGUGUUGGGGGUGAAGAUGGGGAGAGUGCGCGGGUGGGUGAAGAUGGGGAGAGGGCGCGUGUUGGGGGUGAAGAUGGGGAGAGGGCGCGUGCUGGGGGUGAAGAUGGGGAGAGCGCGCGUGUUGGGGGUGAAGAUGGGGAGAGCGCGCGUGCUGGGGGCGAAGAUGGGGAGAGCGCGCGUUGCGGGGGGCGAGGGAGGGGAGAACGCGCGUGCUGGGGGUGAAGAUGGGGAGAGUGCACGUGCGGGUGAAGAUGCGGAGAGCGCGUGUGCUGGGGGUGAAGAUGGGGAGAGCGCGCGUGCUGGGGGCGAAGAUGGGGAGAGCGCGCGUGCUGGGGGCGAAGAUGGGGAGAGCGCGCGUGCUGGGGGCGAAGAUGGGGAGAGCGCGCGGACACGUGGUCUGGGUGAGCCAUGGCUGGAGGCACAAACCGGUUGGCUAUUGGAGGUGCACGUGAUACGGUUUACGACUGUGCGCAACACCCACGUGACGCGGGAUGAAGGCGCUGUAGAGCUCCACGUGACAUGA